AUGGUAGUACUGGGAAGUUUGGUAACUUUCUUCUUCUCGUAUUACAUCUACGGCUGGGCCUCCCUUCAAGCGCUCCUGGAAGAGGACGGCGUCUAUUUGGAGGUGUGCCAGGCCGAGCUUGAGGAACCCUGUCCAGAAAGGGCCCGUCACAUGAUCAGGCUCUUUACAGAGUGCAACCUCGUGACCGUUGGAUCCUCUGCUUUGCUGGGACUUGUGGUGGACCGAAUGGGUCCGGCUUUGCUGUCGCUGCUUGGAGGCAUAUGUCAAGCAGGGGGCCUCUUUCUCCUUGCCACUUCAUCCACGGAUUCCACGGCUACGCCGGGUACACGGUCUCCUUUGGAUGGGUUUGUGAUAGCCUUCGGCCUUAUCGGAGUUGGUGGGGCGGCUCUACAGGUACAAGCCAUGAAGCUGCCUUUUGUGAUCCCUCGAAGUCGCUUUGCCUUGGUGAUGACGCUGCUGAACUGCCUCGUGGAUUCAUCCUCCGUGACACCUCUCGGGCUCUACCGACUCUACCUGGCAGGCUUAUCCCGCUUCAGCAUCUUCGCCAGCUACGGGGCCCUGUGCUGCCUCUUGAGCAUGUCUCUGGCCGUUUGUUGGCGGGGCCGGCCGCAGGCCACCUUAAAGGCACUGAAUGCCGAGGAGCUGAGUGCAGCGCCAGAUGUGCCAGAGCAAGAGUUGGAGAACAUGGAGAAAGCGGUGGACGGACCGCAAAAUCUGGGAGCUCGGCCGCGCCUACAUGGGCUUUCUCUACGCCAACAGGUCUGGUCCCUUGAGUUUGCUGUUGCGGCCAGCUUUCUCACCACCCAGCUCUUUCGCCAAAGCGCAUACCUUGGCAUCAACAAGGAUUGGCUGAAAUCAUUGGGAGAUGGCAAAACGGGGAAUACCUUCGCCCAGCUCUUCACAGCUCUCCUUCCGGCUUCGACGCUCUUGGUACCCUUGUUUGAAAUGAGCUUGGGUCGAGGGGGCUUUGCCUUUACCUUUGGCAUCGUUUUGAUGCUUGGUUUCGUUUGGGGUCUCGUGGUCUUGGUGCCCUGGCUAGAGCUACAAGUCCUUGCCUUCAUCGCCUUCAGCGUCUUCCGGGGCCUCCUUUUUGCAGUCUUCUUCACGUUCCUAGGCCACAGCUUCGGGAACCGGACCUUCAGCAAGAUGACUUCCCUAUGCUUCAUGUUGGCAGCCAGCUUUUCCUGGCUCAUUUGGCCUCUUGCAGACCUUUCCCGGAGUCUCGCAGGGGAUUUUGGGCCCAUGAAUCUCUGCCUGCUCGCCCUCAGUGUGCCUUCCAUGUGGAUGACCUACCUCCUUGCCAAGCAUCUCAGGCAGUACCCGGCUGGAGACAUCUCUGCUUGCGAGCCGGGGAUGCCAGGAACCAAGGUCCAAGGAGAGCAGGCAGAGCUGCCAUGUUCUGAUGCGGUUUUGGGUGCCGCGCCGCCAUCAUAA